AUGUCGCUCUUCCAUGACUCGACCAUUGUGCAACAGCCCAAAUGCCACGGGAAAUCCAAAUCCGGGAACAAACCCGGUCCAUCCUCGACCUCUUCCAACCGACAGCACCAUUUCCUGCCGCGAUUGAUCUCCAUUCCUUCGUUAUCAUCAGUGGUGCGGAAUUCGUUCACCUGGGCCGGAGAUACCUUGUACUCAUAUCGUGAUUGGGCUUCCAAAGAGCAGAGGAAGGCACUUACGGAAGCCGAGGAUCGUAAGGAGGUUUUAUACCUGAGGAUGCGAAAUGUAAAUCAAGGCUUCAACAUCUUCCUGGCUCUUGUGAAUGUCUGCGCUAACCCGGUAUCUCUUGAUAUACAGGCAGUCUCGGUUGAAGAGUGGAAAAGUUGCGCUUGCGAACUGGAUGAGCUGGAGGACAACAAUACCUGGAAGCGAACGUUUGAAUGUUCCGAAUACAACCCCCUGCUGGUCCAGGAGCGCCUCAAGCAACUGGAAGAAGCCCGCGUCAGCUGCGAUGUGAGCAGGAUGUUGUUUCUGAUCCGCACCUCGCUCAGUCGCGACCUGGGAAAUAUGAGCAAUGUAUCGCUCUAUCGGCAUUCGCACGUUGGAACAAAGGAGCUGAUCGACCGCUACAUUACUACCGCCCUCGACACUAUUUCUACUUUGGUGGAGCUUUCUGGAAAUAAAUGUGACGGGCUCGAAUUGAGAUAUAUGCUUGAUCAGCUGCUUGCAGCAAGACAGGCGUUCGGUCGAAGCGCUCUUUUGUUCUCUGGAGGAGCCACCUUUGGCAUGAACCACAUUGGCGUUCUCAAGGUUCUGUGGCAAGCGAAACUACUCCCCCGCAUCAUCUCCGGUGCAUCAGCGGGCAGUAUCAUAUGUGCUGUAUUCUGUACACGCACCGACGAUGAGUUGCUUGAGCUACUUGACACCUAUGCGUAUGGCGAUUUUGCCGUUUUCGACGAAGAGGGGAAGGAAGAGAACAUUCUGCAAAAAACAGCCCGGUUCUUGAAAUACGGCUCUUUCUUAGACAUCUCUCAUCUUGCCAAGGUGAUGAGAAAUUGGCUGGGUGAUAUCACCUUCCAGGAGGCUUACAACAGGACGCGGAGGAUACUGAAUAUCUGUGUCUCCAGUGCAGGCAUGUACGAGCUUCCCAGGCUAUUGAACUAUAUUACCGCACCCAACGUGAUGAUUUGGUCUGCCGUUGCCGUUUCCUGCUCGGUACCUCUGGUUUUUACGCCCUUUGCUCUCAUGGCCAAGGACCCAUUGACAGGGGAGGCGGUCCCCUGGAAUGACUUUGACACGCAGUACAUUGAUGGCUCGGUCGAUGGGGAUCUACCUAUGACUCGAUUAUCCGAAAUGUUCAAUGUCAACCACUUCAUAGUCUCGCAGGUGAAUCCUCAUGUGGUUCCUUUCCUCCCAAGAGACGAUGGACCGAGCCGCGGGCGGGCGGAGGAAUCGCCCGUUCCUCGAUGGUUGCGCGCCGUGACGCAUCUAGCAAAAGAUGAGAUAUUGCAUCGAAUGACGGUUUUGUCAGAUUUGGGUAUCUUCCCGACAUCACUAAGCAAGGCUGCCUCCAUCAUGAACCAGAAAUACUACGGAGACAUCAACAUCUACCCGAAGAUCCUCUACAGCAAUUUCCCCCGAAUUCUGAAGAAUCCGACCACCGAAUUUAUGCUCCAGGCCUGUCUCAGCGGAGAACGCGCAACAUGGCCUAAACUCGGGCGUAUCCGCAAUCAUUGUGCCAUCGAGCUCGCACUGGACUCUGCCAUCCAGAAGAUGCGGGCGCGGGUUACUUUCAGUCCCAGUCCGGUGGACUUGAGGCAGCGCGGUUUGAAUGACCAAUCGGUCGGUUCUCUCGAUAGUAGCAGUGGGCGUGGACGCAUGCUGAACCGAAGGAGCUCGUACGAUCAGGGACUGACACUUGCGGCACGAACCCGCCCCGGCUUGGACCGCCGGUCAAUGGUAGAAGUUAGAAGAACUCGGAGCGUGUUAUUUUCCGAGCAGACCCCUUCAACUAAACAUGCUCUGCAUGCGGCCACUGUUGGUCAGCAGUUACAAGGUCUAGCCGACAAUCGUCAGUGUGAUGGGCCGUACUUGGUGGAUUCGGAAUAUGGCGAAACGGAUUUGUCGUCUCCGGAACGACCCGUGUUGUCGAGGGGUGCCUCGUGGGGGUCAUCACCCUAUGACCAGCAGGCACAAUGGAAUGGCUCACAGAGCUCUCCACGCAUCCGGCCGUCCUCGUCCGCUGCAGUAUCGGUACCGAACAUCCCUGCAAGUCCCAAGCAUUGGCCAUCAUCCGUCCAUUCUGGUGACGAGACUGUGUCCCAGGUCUCUUUUUUGAACUCGAAGACUGUUUCACCUCCUCACAGCCUGCUCCAAAUGAUCCCUACGAUUCAAGUUGGCUCCCCUGGGACAUCCACCCGGCAUUCUUACGGCUGA